AUGGUGUGGUUUCUCAAGACAAGUAGCAUAAAACAGCUCUUCACUGACAUACCAUCCACAAACAUAGCAUCGGCGAACAAGACAGUUGCGCAGCAAGACAAGAGAGUGACUUUAGAUAAGGAGUCUCACAUUAAGGCCAUCGAAGAAAGAAUCGAGAAGAUCCCUCUAAAAAAUUAUCGGAAUUUCAGCAUCGUGGCACAUGUAGAUCAUGGUAAAUCCACACUAUCGGACAGGCUACUUGAAUUGACGGGAGUGAUAAAACCAGGCGAUGCAAAUAAACAAGUGCUAGAUAAGUUGGACGUUGAACGAGAGCGGGGAAUCACAGUUAAAGCACAGACCUGUACCAUGUUUUACAACGAUCCAAAAACAGGAGAGGAUUACCUUUUGCAUCUUGUCGAUACUCCCGGUCACGUUGACUUCCGUGCAGAGGUUUCCAGAUCAUACGCUUCAUGUGGAGGGGCUCUCUUAUUGGUAGAUGCAGCGCAAGGUGUCCAAGCACAAACCGUGGCCAAUUUCUACUUGGCGUAUAGCUUGGGGCUUAAAUUGAUACCUAUUAUAAACAAAAUUGAUCUAGAUGCUGCAGAUAUACCUCGAGCAAUGGAACAAGUCGAAUCUACGUUUGAGCUAGACCCAAAUGAUUGUAUUCCAGUGAGUGCCAAGACAGGUCUUAAUGUGGAAAACAUUAUCCCAAAAAUUAUUCAGGAUAUUCCCUCACCAGUUGGCGAUGUUGAAAAACCCUUGAAAGCCUUACUCGUGGACUCUUGGCAUGACCCUUAUGUUGGUGUGGUCAUGCUUGUAUUUGUUGUGGACGGAAAGAUAAGAAAAGGAAUGAAAUUACUUUCCGCCCACACUGAAAAGAAAUAUGAUGUGAAAGAAGUUGGCGUCAUGUACCCAGAUAAGACGCCGAUGAAUUAUAUUAGAGCUGGUCAAGUUGGAUACAUUAUCCCAGGAAUGAAAAAUCCAAAGGAGGCCAUGAUUGGAGAUACAUUUUUUCAAAGUGGGAACAGUGCUGGUCUCGAGCCGCUUCCGGGAUUUGAGGAGCCCAAACCUAUGGUUUUUGUGGGAGCUUUUCCUGCCGAUGGAGGUGAAUUCAAGGUCAUGAAUGAUCACAUGGAGCAUUUGGUCUUGAAUGACAGGUCGGUAACCCUAGAAAAAGAGACAUCUUCAGCUCUAGGAUUAGGUUGGAGAUUGGGGUUCUUGGGAUCUCUCCACUCUUCAGUCUUCAAAGAACGCUUAGAAAACGAAUAUGGGGCAAAGAUCAUCUUAACUGCGCCAACGGUACCUUAUAAAAUUAAAUAUAAGGAUGGAACAGAAAAAAUCGUGACAAAUCCUGACGACUUUCCGGGCUCUGACUAUCGGUCUCACGAUAUUGACAUGUUUUUGGAGCCGUUUGUGGAUGCGAUUAUGACCAUCCCCGACGAGUACGUGGGAACAGUGAUGUCUAUUUGCGAAGCCAAUAGAGGCAUACAGAAGGAGAUGGAAUACCUAACCACAGGCCAAGUCCUCCUCAAAUAUGAAAUUCCUAUGGCACAGUUAGUUGAAGAUUUCUUUGGAAAGCUCAAGGGAGCUACUAAAGGAUAUGCAUCUCUAGACUACGAGGAUUCAGGAUAUAAGAAGUCGGAUGUUGUGAAAAUGGAACUUUGCGUGAGUGGCGAGGCCCAGGAUGCUUUGUCACAGGUUAUGCACAGAUCACAAAUACAGACGAGAGGUAGAGAAUAUGUCACCCGGUUCCGAGAAUACUUGAAGUCCCAACUUUUCGAAGUUGCUAUCCAAGCGAAGGUGAACAAUAAAGUGAUCGCCAGAGAGACCAUUAAGGCAAGAAGAAAGGACGUCACUCAGAAAUUACAUGCAGCAGAUAUUUCGAGAAGAAAGAAAUUAUUGGAAAGACAAAAAGAGGGUAAGAAGCAGAUGAAGGCCACUGGUCGCGUGACCAUCAACAACGAAGCAUACCAAGCGUUUUUGCGCCGGGCUGACUAA